CUCUCUAAUCAGUUGCCGCCAUGUAAUAACCUAGUGUAUCUGUACCUCACAGUGCAAAGUUUGUAAAUAAUAUUGAUCAUUCGACGCUUUAAAAUAUUUCUCAGCCUCAAGUGAAAAUUCUCCCAGUCAUCUCUUUUAAAUUUUUGCAUGUUCAAGUGAAAAUUCCCCGGAAAAAACGUGAUAAAUCUUGUCUUCCACACAUCAACCAGAGUUCUCAAUGCUUUAUUUUCUACCUACUAAAAGUAUGAACAUUGGGACCCAACAACUGCAGGGCACCGUUUGAGACUACAAGCCACGAUCCUGACACAGGCGGAGUGAGAUGCUCCGGCCACCAUCUUUGUCGAGCGAUUACUGAUAAACCACUUCGCUUCGCUACACCAACACGCGGGUUUUUUGAACGGAUCAUAGAGUCACAACGUUGGCGUUACAACACUUGAGAGGAAAAUGUUCGAAUUCCUGCAAAAAGUAUGGCUUCCUUUGUUAAUAAUUCUCUUGGCAUUCCUCUACGGGCAUUUUACGAAAAAUUUCGAUUACUGGAAGAAAAAAGGUGUAUUUUACUUCGAGCCAGUGUUCCUUUUCGGCAACAUCAAGGACAGAAUUUUAUUUCGCAAAGCCUUCCAUCAAUUCUGGCUGGAUACGUACAGGAGCAUGAAAGGUCACAAGUUUGUAGGAUUUUUUGAGGGUCGGAAGCAAACUCUGGUGGUUCUCGACCCUGAAGUCAUCAACCACGUUUGUAUCCGAGACUUCAGCCACUUCGUUGAUCGCCCAACUUUGGAGCUCAAGUAUCCACUGCAUCAAAGGCAGCUGCUCAACUUAAAAGGACAAGAAUGGAAAAAAGUUCGCUCACUGCUCACCCCUGCCUUUUCCUCCGGGAAACUUAAAAUCAUGGAGCCUUUGCUCAGACAGUGUGGGAAACAACUCAAACAGUACUUAGAGAAAGCCACGGAUGGAGAGAAUGGAGCUAUUUUUGACAUGAAGGAACUAUUUGGGCACUACACGAUGGACGCUAUCGCAACCAUAGCAUUCGGAAUCCAGACAGACUCGCUCCAAAAUCCUGAUUCAGAAUUCAUUAAGUCUGCUUCAAGAUUGACUAGCUUGACUAUUUUCAAGCGACUUAUGACAUUUUUCGUACUCUUGUUCGCACCAAGGCUCACAAAAUACCUCCCGAUAUCCUUCGCCAAUCAAGAUGUCAUGAACUUCCUGGCAAGCGUCGUCAAGGAUACUAUCAGGCACCGAGAAAGCAGUAACGAAAAACGCGCUGACUUUCUACAGAUGAUGCUUGAUGCGAAUGCAGAGGCUAAAGCGGCACAAAAAUCCGAAGACGGCAGCGAUCGAUCUCAGUUUGUCAUGGAUGAGACAACAAUCGUUGCACAGUCGGUUCUGUUUAUGGUGAUAGGUUUCGAUAUUUCCAGCAGCCUUCUCACCUUCGCCUCUUACGAGUUGGCUUUGCACGAGGAAAUUCAGCAGCGGCUCCGCCAAGAGAUCGUGUCAGCCUUGGAGAAACACGGCGAGGAAAACAUCUACGAGGCUGUUCAAGACAUGCCGUUAUUGGAAAUGGUUUUCAACGAGACACUUCGCAAGCAUCCACCUCUGGCGAAGAUCGAUCGUGCCUGCACUGAUGACUACACGAUUCCCGACACGUCUAUAGUUAUAGACAAAGGGGUGCAUGUUUGCAUUCCCGUUCUGGGUCUCCAUUACGACCCUGAGUAUUAUCCUGAGCCUGAAAAAUUCAUCCCCGAGCGGUUCUCGCCUGAGGAAAAGAGCAAACGUUCACCAUACGUGUUUUUACCAUUUGGCAUCGGACCCAGAAACUGUGUCGCGUCACGAUUUGCCCUGCUGAGUACGAAAGUAGCAAUGGUUUACCUCCUGAAGAACUUUGAGAUUAGCAUAUGUGAAAAAACUCAGAUACCCUAUAAAUACAGCCGAUUUACCAUGUUGCUGAAAGCCGAGAAGGGGAUUUGGUUGAAUAUUAAACCAUUAUAAGAUUAUUUUUCUUCUUAAUUUUUAUUUUUUAAUUUUCUUUUUAUAUUUUUUAUAAGGAAAAAAAAUUGUAGAACCCUUGCACCUGCAAACCAAAAAAUACAGAUACAUUUUUUUACUCGUGCAGA